UCAUUCUCGGUAUUGCUCGACCACUCUCUGAACUUCACAUCCCACCGCUUGCAUCGCUUCUUUGCAUUCAUCAUGUCGAGCCCUACUUAUCCUCAGACCGCCGGCCAUCCGGCCCAAAACAUGGACAACUGGAACAACCGCUUCAACAAUGUCGUCAAUGAGGCAUCGGCACCACCUUCGACUGGCCCAAAGCAGGCGCGCACUGCCAAUUUAUUUGACUGCUGCGUGCCGCCGGAACUAUGUUUCCUUACAUAUUGUUGUCCAUGUGUGACGUUCGGAAAAUCGACUCAUCGGAUGGAGAAUGACGGCAACAUGACCAAUUUUGGGCCUGUGAACGUUAUGUGCGUCGUCUAUUACUGCCUGGGCCCAUGCGCCUGGAUUCUUGUCUGCGCUCAAGAAACGGAAGCCCGCCGUAAAUACAAACUGGACGGAAACCUAUGCACCGACUGCCUCAAAUCCUGCUGCUGUACCUGCUGUACCCUGAUGCAACAGGAGAAGGAGUCCAUCGCCCAGGAGGGUAAGCCAAACGGUCAGAGUGCGCAACAGUACCAGAGCAAGGAGUCCAUGGUUGCGAGGCCACAGUCAAUGUCCGGUCCUCCGUCUCAGAGUCGUCCGUCUCAGGAUGCUUCAUCUCAGGGUCCUCCGCCUAGGGCUGCUACGUUUGGGGGGACUCAAGUUCAGGAUGCACCUGCACCUGCAACUAUUAGCAGCGCGCCGGCGAUGGCUGCUUGAGCUCC